UCCAAGGAGCCAGUCAUCUCCAUCUGCCAGAUCAAACAAUCAUCUCUUUUGCAAAGAACCUCUGGAACAUCUCCCACAAUAACCAUGCAGCUGUGCAUCAGAAGACUGGCAUGCCUGGCUCUCCUGGUCGGGGUUCUUGCAAUGGCAGCAAUGGCUACUGAAAUAAAGGUAGGCAAGUGCUGCACUGAGGUCAGUGUCAAGAACGUCACUUCCACCAUCUUGGGCUACAGAAUCCAGAGGAGGAACCUUCCAUGUGUCCGCGCUGUCAUAUUUGAGACCACAGAGGGAGAGGUCUGCAGCCACUGGAAACAGGACUGGGUGUUUACCAAGAUCAUGGAGCUAGAGAAGGCCCGCAAAGCAAAGAGUGCUACUACUGCUUCUUCCACUUCUGCAAGCUCUUAGAAAGCACCACUCACCCCCAUGAAUGCCUAUAGCCAAUUGCACUGCAUUAAGUUAAAAUAUUUAAAAUGCUUUAAAAUGCUUUCCUAUGUUAUUCUGUACUAUUUAAUAUUUAUUCCAUGUCCUAUUUAUUUGUGUUUCCAUUUUCCUUAUAAUUUCCUGUGUAUUUAGUUAAAAUAAGGCUAACAGAGAUAAAAGAUCCAUAAUGAUUAUGUCCAAAAUGUCUGUUGUUUGCUGCAACCUAAAUAAAUGUUCUUGUCCUCUA